CAAGAGAAACUAGCAGACGCUCCCGCUCUGUUUCUGAUAACGUGUUGGUGAGUGGCGACUGGCGAGCCGCGAGCGCAACAAGUGGUAACGGGCAACGGCGUAUUAUUAAUAGUUAUUAAUAUUUACACAUUAUUCUGUCAAAUUCACCUCAAAUAUUAUUCCAACGAUUCGUAUUAUACGGAUCGUUCGCCAUUAUGGACCGCUGACAACGCGAUAGUUUUUCGCCAGAUAUUCGGAUUUUCGUUUUCACGUCAUCAGCUCGGGACGAACGUUUUUUUCGCAUGUCAACAUGGAUCCUGCGUCGUCGUGUUCGACCGUAUCGGGCGAACACUCGAAAGACUUUGUCAAUUUAACGAUUUCCGUGCUCCGGCUGCCGACCAGGGAACGACUGUCGUGCAUGUUGAAUGCCAAGAAAGUCAUUCCAUCACCCGAAAACAUACCCAGAGAUUGGAGAGGAUUGUGCACACUUUUGAAUUACACAAUACCAUCAGGAUGUGAUCCAACUGACCCAAUUGGCAAAAUAUUCAAGUUUUGUGAAGCCAAAACUACUAUAGCACAUUUUAUACAGUGUCUACAACGAAUAGAUAGGUAUGACGUUGUAGAAGAAACGGAAGAAUUAAUUAAUUCUGAUAUUAUAUAUUUUAAAGAACAAUGUUCUUUAGCAAAUCCAACUCCAGUAGUACCGAAUGAUUUUGAUAUCAAUGUUAUUACUUUAGAUGAUAUUAAUGCAUCCAAUAAUGGUCUUCCUCUUACAAGAUAUGAUGCAUUUUUACUAUAUGAUAAGGCAGAUAUACAAUCAGCUACUGCUGUUGUAGAAAAAUUAGAAAAUGAUUACAAACUGAAGCUAUGUUUAAAAGAUCGAGAUUUAAGACCAGGUGUGAUGUUUGAGUAUCAGUCUAUAAUAAAAUUGAUAUCUGAUCGCUGUAAUUGGUUAAUUAUUAUAGUUUCAAAUGAUUUUACAAACAGCCCUUGGAAUAGAUUUAUUAUGAAUUAUAUUCAAUCAUUAGCCAUUGAACAACGGUUACCUAAGAUUAUUCCAUGUGUAUUUGGUGACUGUACAUUACCUCAAGAACUCAAAUGUUAUGUUCACUUAUUUUUUAAUAAAUAUAAUCCUUUUUGUGACCCAUGGAACAAACUAAGGAUUACUGUAUCGCCGUAUAAGAAUCUAGCAUUGACCAACAGUGAGGAGCCAAAUAAUAGUUACCAGAAGCUAAGCAUYGAGGAGUCGAUGAAUACCAGUACUACAGUUGUUGAAAAAAAGGAAGUGAUAAAGUUUUCUAAUGAAGAACAUCAUUUGCUGCCUAAAACCAAAAGUGUUUUUGAUAGAUUAGUCAAGACUGUUGGAAAUAUUUCUGUUAAAGUUGUUCCUCAAAAAUGGAAUAAAAAAAAAGUAAAAUGUACUAGUCUUUGACUCCCUUUUCUUGUUCUCGUUGUAUUCCGAUAAUAUCAGUAAGUUUAACUAUUAACAAUAUUAAUUUUAUGUAGAAUUUUACUAUUUAAYCUUUGUUAUGUUUUUAAGAUAUUUUUAUA